UAAUAGCUGGAUAUUUCAUAAAACAUUGAGUUUUUGCUUGUAUGUAACCCAUGUGAGUAUUUACUUAAAUAUAAACAUUAUAGUUGUGUAACACUCCCAGCAAAUGUGGGGAAAUUAUGGUAAUGAAAUAGUCAGCAUUUGAAAGAUUACUUGACUAUUUUACUUUGUAAAAGUGGUACAAUGCUUUUUUUGUCCUCUAUGUGAUUCGGUGAUAGCUUCUCUCCUAAUCUUUGAAAAAAAUAAUCAUAUUAUUUAAUUAUAAUAAUCAUCUAUUUGAAUUCAAUUUUUAAUCAUACAAUUUUCCUAAGUGUUACGAUUUAUUUCCGUAAAUGUAUAGCUUACAUUUUUUAAAGGAUUAUGUACUAUUUGAAGUAAAUUUUUACACUGUCGUCAUUUUUUUUUGUGCUUAUUUCAGCAACAAUGUUUGUACGUGCUCUCUUUUGCCAGGUUGAAACUGAACCUUGGACUCUCCUGUUGAAUUCAGCUCUCAGAUCGAAUCCACAAAGCCAUCUUAGAUAAGUGUUUGGAAGCAAAAUGGGUGAAUGGGGAUUUCUGUCCAAGCUACUGGAUAAGGUGCAGUCACACUCCACUGUCAUCGGGAAGGUAUGGAUGACCGUGCUCUUCGUCUUCAGGAUCAUGGUCAUCGGAGCUGGGGCGGAGAAAGUGUGGGGGGAUGAGCAGAGUAAAAUGGUGUGCAAUACCAAACAGCCGGGAUGUACCAAUGUGUGCUAUGAUCAAGCGUUCCCCAUUUCCCACAUCCGCUUCUGGACCAUGCAGAUCAUCUUUGUGUCCACUCCGACGCUCAUGUACCUCGGUCACGUCAUGCACAUCAUCCACAAGGAAAAGAAACUCAGGAGGUAUAUACAGAAGCAAGCUAACGGUCAGGGCUGCAAGCUGCCCAAAUACACCAACGAGAAGGGGAAAGUGGAAAUUAAAGGCGACUUAUUGGCUAGCUACUUGACCAGCGUGAUCUUUAAGAUCUUGCUUGAAGCCGCAUUUAUAGUAGGCCAGUACUAUCUGUACGGUUUCGUAAUGAUCCCUAAAGUUGUAUGCACUCGAUACCCUUGUCCCUACACUGUAGAGUGCUUCAUGUCUCGUCCCACUGAGAAAACGGUCUUCAUCAUCUUCAUGUUGGUCGUGUCUUGUGUGUCUUUGCUGCUGAACGUUAUUGAGAUGUUCUACCUGCUUUUCCAGAGAUCCAGAAGACGUAACAAACUGAGUGUAGGCUCUUAAGGAAUAUAUCUUCCUCUAAAUGGACAUAAUUGCAAAUCUUGUGACAACAAGAAGACAAAAGUUUCAUUAUUGUGAACACUGGCUUGUACGAGUUAACUCUAUGUAUUUAAAAAUUCCUUUCGCCUAGCCAUCAGUUGAUUUUAUAUUUUCGUACUGCAUAUUUCCGGGAAACUAGUCCGGCCUUGGUUUAAGACUUUGUUUACUUCACACUUUUGACUAAUUACAUGGACAAAUACAGAACAUAAAGACAUUUUCUCAUACAUAUGAUUUGGAAAUGUUUUAUUUGUAAGGAACGUGCCCUUGUAUUUGAAGCAAGCAUUUAAAUAAAUUAAUAAAUAAAAUGCAUUGACUCUAAAUAUAUUAUAUAUUUCAUUCAGCAUCCUAAGCACUAGUUGACUUCAGAAAUGUUGUAUUAGAGCCUCUGUACAAUAUUGACACAUAUUUUAUCAUAACGUGGUAGCUAUUAUACUGUAUGUGUAUGUACUCCUGUAACAAACCCUUUGACAGACUGUUUCAUAAACCUUAUUAUUUUAUUACUGUGCUGCAAUUUUAACAUGUAAAAUGAACAGAACGUGUGGACAUGAACAAGUGCACAAGGAAUUUUGUAACAGUCAAAUAAAAAUGUAAAAGCCUUCAAGAUGGAGGGCGUAGCAAUUUCUCACUAACAUGACGAUGCAUUUUUUUUUAACUCAUCAACUUCGAGAGAGAGAGAAAGAGAGAGAGAGAGAGAGACAGAGAGAGACAGAGAGAGAAGUGAGGGUGAGGAAGGAAUAGCUGCUUUAACAUAAGUGAUAACAAGAACUAACUUUUUUUUGUACAACAUUAAAUAUAACAAUAAACGGAUAAGAUGUGA